AUGGGAAAGAUAAUUUUCUAUGAAGGCCGCAACUUCCUGGGCCGCAAAUGGGAGUGCAGCACUGACACCGUUGACACCUUUAGGCACUUUAAAUGUUGUAACUCAAUCCAGGUGACUGGAGGCCGGUGGGUGGCCUACGAGAAGCCCUGCUAUAAAGGUUACCAGUACAUCCUCGGCCAAGGCGACUAUCCCGACUAUCCUUGCUGGAUGGGAUUCAACAACUGCAUCCGCUCCUGCCAGAUGAUACCCACUUACCGGGGAGAGUUCAAGAUGAGGAUCUAUAGCAGGCCGGACCUAACGGGACACUCCAUGGAGUUCUCGGAUGACUGCGCUGAUAUCUUUGACCGACUCCACAUCCAUGACAUUCACUCUUGCAAAGUCUCGGAAGGCUUCUGGGUCCUUUACGAGCACCCUCACUUUAGGGGCCGGCAGUAUUUCCUAUGCCCUGGGGAGUACAAGUCCUUUGUGGACUGGGGUGGCUCCGACCCUUUAGUGGGUUCUUUGAGAAAGAUAAAGAGCUAG